AUGUCCAAAGUCUGGUUCAUCACUGGCGCCGCUCGGGGACUUGGUCGUGAUCUGACCGAACAACUCCUUGCCUCAGGUGACAUCGUUGUCGCAACUGCCAGACAGCCAAACCGCCUCAAUGAUCUUGUCAGCAAAUACGGCCCCGAAAAGAUCCUCGCCGUCAGCCUCGACGUCUCAGAUGUCGCUCAAGUAGAGGCUGUCGUCAAGAAAGUUGAAGAUACAUUCGGCCGGAUCGACUAUAUCAUCAACAACGCUGGAUACGCUUCCAUGGCAUCAAUCGAGGACAUAGACUACAAGAGCUUCCGCGAUCAGAUUGACGCCAACCUAUUCGGAGUAGUCAACGUCACCAAGGCUAUCCUCCCAAUUAUGCGACGCCAAAAUUCGGGCCACAUCAUCCAAGUCUCCUCAGUCGGUGGCAGAGUGGGAUCACCUGGCCUCGCUGCCUACCAGAGCGCCAAAUGGGCAGUAGGAGGCUUCUCAACAGUGCUUGCCCAAGAAGUGGCUCCCUUUGGAAUCAAGGUCACAGUCGCCGAGCCCGGCGGUAUCAAGACCGACUGGGCCACCAGCGCCGCCGAGGGUGUCACCAUUAGCGAGCCCUACCAGCAGACGGUUGGUGAGAUGAUGAAGAUGAGAGAGCUUUACUCUUCCAACUGGUCUGAGCCUUCCGACAUUGCCAGAGCCAUCAUCCAUCUUGGCCGGGUCGACGAUCCACCUCUGCGUAUAGUCUUAGGUCCUAGUGCUGUUCCUCACGCUCAAGCAGCGGCCAAGGCCUUGGCUGAAUCAGAUGAGAAGUGGUUGAAGCUUUCCAAUCUGGAGUUUUAA